CCUUCUGUCUUGUUGAUCUUCAUCAAGGUGCGGUUUCUCUGGACAGGUGUUUUACUCACUUCUAGCUCAGACGGGAAAUUAAAGUCGUGUUGAGUUAUUUAUUUUUCCCCCGUAACACUUCUGGAAGAAAGUUUGGAUUUAAAAAGGAGAAAAAAAAUCUUUUUAGAGACUAUUUUAAGGUGAUCUUCACUUUUUUUUUAAAGGACAAACUCUGCAGCUUCUUGGAAAGAAGGACAAAAAAUGGCGAAUAAAGGGUUGCAGUUGCUGGGAUUUAUUCUGGCUGUAAUUGGGCUCGCUGGUCUCAUAGCCGGUACCAUCAUGCCCCAGUGGCAGAUGUCGGCCUACGUGGGAGAUAACAUCAUCACCGCCGUGGCCAUGUACCAGGGCCUGUGGAUGUCCUGCGCCUACCAGAGCACCGGGCAGAUCCAGUGUAAAAUCUACGACUCCAUGCUGCAACUAAACAGUGCUCUCCAGGCCACUCGUGCUCUGAUGGUCAUUAGUAUCCUUCUGUCUGCAAUCGGACUGGGCGUGGCCACCAUGGGCAUGAAGUGCACCAACUGUGGUGGUGACGACAAAGUGAAGAAGUCCCGCAUCGCCAUGACUGGAGGAAUCAUCCUUCUGCUGGGAGCUCUGUGUGCCAUCAUUGCCUGCUCGUAUUUCUCCUACCAGAUUAUCCGGGAUUUCUACAGUCCCUUCACUCCAGUCAACACAAAGUAUGAAUUCGGUGGGGCCAUUUUUGUCACCUGGGCUGGAGCGUUCCUCACUGUUUUUGGUGGUGGCUUGUUGGCUGCAUCUUGUCCCAGGAGCCAGGGCAAGUCAUCUAUCUCAAAAUAUCCAGUGUCCCGGCCCCCAAGCAGCACCAAGGAGUAUGUCUGAGUGCCAGUCCCACGCCCACUUGGUCCCGAAUCAACAGCAGCAGUGAGCUGGUGGAGGUUUUCCUAUGUGGUUGAUCUGAGAGCAGUUAGUUUAUUUAGCUUAAAGCAAACAUUUCUGAGAUCAGCACAUCAGGGUGAUGUCUGACUGGCCUACAGCAAUUUUUUUUUUAAACUAGUUUAUUCCAUUAUUAAUGGUGCCUUUUGUUGUGAAGUUUGUAUUCAUAAGAUCCAUGUUUUACAGAAGGAAGUUGUGAUAUUAAAGUUUUUCUCUGAAGUGUACUAAAGCAUGACACUCAGGAUCAGUGUGCAUCUCCGUAAUGUCUGUCACGUCCCCCUGUUUUGUCUUUAGGCCCAAAUACAGAAUGCUGAAUGAACUGGAGCCUUUAUUUUUAAAGAAAUUGAUGCUGUUGAGUUUGAACACUACCCCACCAUCUCUGUCACUCUUUGGAGAAAAAAAAAAGUUUUGCUGUGCUCUUCCACAGCCCAGGAUCUGUUUUUAUGGAGCCUUGCUGUUCUUGUGAUUCCUCAGCGUAAAAGUUAAUCUUCACCUUUGUUAGAAACUGUCCUUGUUCACCUCAAUGAUGCAUUCCUGACAUUCUCUUCUGCCCACCAACAACCCCACAACACUGUUUGUACUGUUUCCUUUCUCUGAAAUUCCAGCACUGAAGAGAAAUGCUGUAGAUAUUGUUGCAGUUCUGAUACAGUCUUUUUUUAAAUGUUUUAUGCAAAUUAAUUUUAUGUAAAUAAACAAAUUGAACUUUUCCUGUA